AUGCUUGCAAAAUUAACGACAAUCUGCUAUAUACAUAAUUGUACCGAACGACUAACACAAGAAUUCACUGUCAAGAAGGUUACUGGUAUCGUUAGUGCAACAUCGAUUAAAGUAUUAGAUCUUGACUACGAAGACAUGCCCGCAUUAGAAGAAAAAGUUGGUGACAGAGAACCAUCCAACUUCUGGGCAGAAGCAAAACAUGAUGCAAACAACAAAUACCUCUCCAACAAAACUUCGACUAUUCCUGAAUAUCAACAAGGUCGCAAGCCUCACGGUGCCACUCCAAAAGUAGCAAAAAAAAAUCGACCCACCUUAUCUAAUAUGAACCCAACUUCUCUCUCAUCGGCUCUAAAGACAAACCCUGUCCCAAAUAUGUCUGAUCAACAGUUCUCUUCUCAAAGUAAUAAAGAUAGAACUACAAAAUAA